AUGGCUGUGCCGCGAAUCAUCAGAUCUAAACUCUCUAAAUGUGUGAAAAAUAUGCAGUCAGAACUACAACCUGUUCUUUUUCGGACUCUCACGGAUGGCUCAGAAAUCCCUAUUGAAGAAUGUGAUCUGUUCGGGUACCAGCGAUAUCGGUGGCUAAACGGAGAAUCAAAAGAACUUGCAAGACGUUACCUGAAAUUUGACUUGCGUCAACUUGUUCAUACAAGUAUCCAAGCCAUAGGAGGAGAUGGACUACAAUGCACGAAAGUUUCCAAAUGUGUUGAAGGGCAGUUCAAUAAGGCAUUCGUAUUGACUAUGAGCAAUGGCGAUGAAGUUGUUGCCAGACUGCCCAACCCGAACGCAGGCCCUGCAUUCUAUACAAUUGCCUCCGAGGUGGCAACUCGUCAGUUUAUUCGCGAAAUCAUGGGAUUGCCUGUCCCUAAAAUCUACACCUGGUCGUCAGACUCAUCAAAUCCGGUAGGAUCAGAGUAUAUUCUCGAAGAAAAGGCUAGAGGACAAGCACUGGGCAAACUAUGGGCCCAGAUGUCAAUGCCAUCACGAUGCGAGAUUAUAGACCAGGUUAUUAAUAUAGAGAAGAAACUUACAUCGGUGUCAUUUUCAAAGCAUGGCUGCAUAUACCAUACGUCUGUCCUGAGCUCGAAGAUUCCUGUUUAUGACAGCUUAGAUUCAAUGCUGGACAGUGCGUCAUUACCGGAAGUGCGCCAGACUUCGAAACUUUCCAGGUUCACGAUAGGUCCUUCAAACGACCGCAGAAUGUGGCAAUCUGAAAGAAAAUUCCUGAAACUCGAUUGGGGUCCAUGGUCAAACCCUGCCGACUAUGCGAUGGCUCUUGGGAAAAAUGAACUUUCUUGGGCGCAGUCUCAAGCAAGACCAAGAAUCAAUCCAUAUCGCUCGAUUGACAAGCCAGAAAGUCCAGAAGAAUACCGAUCUCUUCUCGAGCGCUAUCUAAGAAUUUCACCCUACCUCAUACCAGGACCAGAGACCGGUGAACCGCUCAAUACUUUAUCACAUCCCGAUCUGCAUCUUGAUAACAUAUUUAUUGAUCCGGAUACAAACCAAAUUACUUCAAUAAUUGACUGGCAGCUGGCAGCUGUAGCACCUAUCUGUCUGCAGCGCCCCCAUCCACAGAUGCUAGAGCUUUCACCUAGUCCUCGUACCAGUCAACAAAAUUUGCUUGAGAAGGAACUUCUCAAAUACUAUUAUGAGGGCACUAAAAAUGCCAACAAUAUACGGCCAAGAGUCUCCAGGAAUCCAUACCUUACAACAAGACUCGACCCGUUAAACUUGAUCUCAGGAUGUUGGGAGCGACAGGACACAUUUUCGUUGCGCGAGGCUCUGAUUAAAAUAGUUGCACUCUGGACGCGAUUAGGCUAUAGCAGCCCGUGCCCAGUUGAAUUUACAGAGGAGGAACUAAUAGAACAUCAAAACGAAAGAAAUCUUGUUCAGGGGUUAUCCACCAUCGUGCAACAGUUGGCAGACGAAGGACUCAUUCCGAUUGGGGGCAUGGUCCAACCGGAAGAGUACGAACAGGCUAGAAUGGUGAGUGACUGGGCUAAACGGGAAUUUAUCAGCUUGGCUGAGGAUGACCAUCAAGAGAAAUUGCACAUGAUGGUAUGGCCGUACUAG